AUGAAAAUAAAAAUAUAAAAACUAAAGUUAAGUAUUUCUUAAAUAUUUUUUAAACAAAAAGUAUAUAUAUGUCCAAACUAUUAUUUUAUGUUUUAAAAAAUAUUUAGAAACUAUUAAACUUCAGUUUCUAUAUAUUUAUUUUCAUAGCUAAUAUAUUAUUAUAUAAUAAAAUUAAUUCAUUUAUUAACCCACGGUUCACCCGCGGUCGAUCCAAUGAUCCAGCGACCCAGUAAGUCGUCCGGUUCAGUGUCCGGGUCGGGUUUAAAAACAUUGUGUAUAGGUAAUUUUUAUGAAAAUAUACAAAGUUGAAUGUUUUGUUAAUCUGUGUAUAAAUUUAAAAUGACACUUCAAAAUUUAAAAUGAAACAGAGUAAAUAUAUAUACUGAAAAACAAAAAUCAUGUUAAAAAGAUUAAUGGUCUUGAAAUAGUAUACGAGUCCAAUGAGUAUCAAACUCCACUUAUGACAUUGAGGUAUAGAACUUGAUUGUGGUUAAAGUCUUUCCACAACUGUAUCUUUUUACACUGCCAAAACUUUCCUACCAUGUUUUUUGGUUGUAAAAGACAAAACACUAAAGUACUAAUAUCUUAGUCUGAAGAUUUAUUACUAAAUAUUAAUGUUCGCAAACAUACGACCACCUAGAGAAUUAAAAGUUUCAAAACAUAUAAAAAUUUGCUUAAUUUCACAAAAACUAAAACUGUAGCUUUUUCUAAUAAGGCACAUAGACUAUAUAUAAAGAACAUGUGGUGGCUUUAUAUAUAUAGCAAAACAUUCUUAUAAAUUACGUUGUUUCGGAAACCCAAAAUGAAGUAUGAUUUCCAAAAUAUUUUUCCUAAAAGUCUACUUUAUUUGUAAAGUUAUUUCAAAUGUUGAACCUCUUUUAUAUGAUAGUUUUCAAAUGUUGAACCUAUUCUUGAUAUUGUUUUUAAAGGCUCUUCGAUUCUCUUCUUAACUAGAACACAUUUUAUGAUUUUAAUAUAUACCUUUAGAUACUAUAUAUAUUUAUAUAUAUAUAUAGCAUUUAUAUCUUACUACUUUGAAAGAUAUUAAAAUACAUAAUAUUUUAAGAUUGAUUAUAAUUUUAUUAUUAAUAUGUAUAUAAUAAAUUAACAUUAAUAUAAUUAUUAUCUUUAAUAUGUUAUAAUUGUAUACUUGAAUAUUAUAUAACAUCAUCUCAAAUUCCAAUUGAACAUUUUCUAUUUUGUAUUAUUCUCAAAAGGAUAAGCAGUAAAUAUGUACAACUAAUAAUCUCCUAGAACUUUGAUAUAAAUAUUUAUAUUUAAUGUUUAUUUAUAUUUUUGGUAAUUAUUUUAAAAUAUGAUAAUAAAUCAUAGAUCAUCAUAAAUAUCACAAUAAAUAAUAUAAUAGCAGAAAUAUAUAUAUAUAAUAAUAUUUUUUAAAAAUUGGAAUCUUAUUUUUUAAUAUUUUUAUAAUUAUAUUAAUAUAUAAUUUUUAUUACUAAAAAAAUUCUUUCAGAUUUUAUGUAGUUUUUUAAAUUAUAAUUUUCUAAUCUCAGUAUCAUUAAUUUCUUUUAAUAUGUACAAAAUUUAGAAAUAUUUUCUUUUUUAAGUUUUGAUAGUUAUGUACUCCCUCCGUUUCGAUUUAAUUAUCGUUUUAGAGUUUCAAUGCAAAAUUUAUCAAUAAGAUUCUCCAUUUUAUUUUUCUAUUAGUUGAAAUAUGGUUAGAUGUAUAGGUAAUUGUGUUUUUGUUUUGAAAAUAUACAAAAUCAUACGUUUUCUUAAUCUGGAUGCAUAAAGCUACAAUGACAAUUAAAAUUUAUAAUCUUAUUUUUAAAUAUAAUUUAAAUUUUAAAAUUUUUGUUUCUGCAUGGUGCAGUAAAACAUUUAGUAAUAAAUAUAUAAAUUAGAAACAUAUAUAUAUGUUAUAUAUAUAUUUACAGAAUUAUAUACAAAUUCUAUAAUUAUUAUAUUUUAUGUAAUUUUUAGAAUAUUUUAUUUAUUAAAUUUAUUAUUUUUGUUAAUGAAAUUUAAAAAGUAAAUAAUUUUUUUGUAAUAAAUUAAUCUUAUUUUAUAUUCUUGUAGAGUUUUUUUUAUUAAAAAUUUUUAUUUUAUUUUUACUGAUCGAACCGGAUAUCCGGGUAAAAUAUAAAAAAAAAUUGAUAUUCAAACAGUGAAUAUCCGGGUAGUUACGGACCAAAUCGAAUCGGUCACAAAUAUGCCUAAAAACAAUGAUAUUUGAUUCGUGCCUACCCUUAGAAACUCUUGCGUCAUGUAUAUUUUUGUGAGUUAUUCAAAAAAAAUUCCUAUCACUUAUAUUUUAACUAUAAACUACAAAUGUGUCAAAAUAUUAAUUUCAUAAUAGAGAGAUUCUGUUUAAAUUAUUGAUCAGUAUUUAAAGCUCUUCUUUCAGAAAAAAAAAUGCAGUAAAGAGGCAAAUAGCAACAAAAUAAAGAGUUCCAACUUACAAAAAAAAAGGAAAAAAAAACUUGCGAGUGUAUAUAUUCAUGCCCAUAACAGUUUAGUAAACCCAUUAUAAAUUAUUAAGCCCACGAUGAAUUAGGGUUAGAUGUGUGUCGGCGUGUGUCUUAUGCUUAGACACAUACACGUGAUACCUUAUUUUCUUGUAUCAUCAUCGAUUUCUGCAGGUCAUCGGUUCAGCCCUUUCUAGCGUUUGUUGAAACUCGGAUGAAUGAUCAGAAAUGAUGACGAUGAUGUGCGAUCUUCCACAUGAUUUGUUGGGUGAGAAGAUACUCGCCAAAGUUCCAAUAACAUCUCUAAAAGCAAUACGAUCUACUUGCAAACUAUGGAAUGUUUUAUCCAAAGACUUUAUUGUUGGUAAAACAACAUCAAGGCAACAUGAGUUUCUAGGGUUCAUGACAAUACGUAGUAAGGUUUGUUCCUUGAGAUUCGGUCUCCGAGGAAUCCACAAUCAGGACGCUUUGGUUGAUCCAUCUACGAAGCAAGUAAGGUUACUUGAUCAAGUUGAGAUAACUAAAAUAUUUCACUGUGAUGGUUUAGUCUUAUGUGUCACUAAAGAGAACUCGAAGCUUUUGGUGUGGAACCCUUAUUUAGGGCAAACAAAGUGGAUCGAAACAAGAAAGCAGCUCCACAAGUCAGACAUGUAUGCUCUCGGAUGCAAUAACAAUAGUAAAGUCCCUAACUAUAAAAUCUUGAGGCUACACUGUUGUUAUGAUUAUUAUAACCAUGGCCGACUCAGUGGGUCUGAAAUCUACAAUUCUAUGUCUGAAUCAUGGAGUGUUCUUGACCUCAUUCCCGACUGUGAAAUUGAUUAUUAUCAACGCGGGGUGACUCUGAAGGGAGAUACUUACUUUUUUGCUAGAGGAACUGCACCUCAUGAAGUGGGAAAUGAUGCGGGCAUAAUAGGGCUUGGCGUUUUUAUGCUAUGUUUCGAUUAUACAAAAGAGAGAUUUGGACCGCAUCUGACUCUCCCGUUUACAAUCACUGAUAACCGCCACGAGGCUGUGGUUUUAUCUUGUGUUAGGGAGGAGCAACUCGCCGUGCUUUAUGAGAAGUCGCAAUCUAACAUAUUGGAUUUUUGGGUUACAAAUAAGAUUGAGUCUAAUGUGGUGUCCUGGAGCAAGUUUUUGAAGGUGGAUUUGACAAUAAAACAACCGAGACACCCUUUGGUUCACAGGAAUCAUGGGAGCUUCUUCAUUGACGAGGAGAAGAAAGUCGCUGUGGUUUUCGAUAUAGGCUUAAAUGACUCAUCCAGGCACUACGCAACAACAGCUUUCAUUGUUGGAGAAGAAGGAUACUUCACAUCAGUGAACAUCGGAAAAGAACCCACAAGGUCUGGAAGUUCUCAUCCUCCACUUGUGUCUUCUUCUUAUCUUCCAAGUUUAUUACAAAUCAACCAACCACACCAAAGGAAAGAAACAGCUGUCUAGUUUUACCUUGAUUUGUUUCUUGUAUCGUCCACUUUUUUCAUGUCAUUUUGAACAAAUGAGAGGCAUUUUCACAAAAAUGUCUAGUACCAAAUUCUUUUAUUAGUUCUGUAAUUCUUCAACCACAAAACUCAUAUGAGCCUUUACCAGAGGAAAUUGAGAUGUUUUGAUUUCAAUUUAUUCUCAUUGUGUUUGAGACAUAUAUUCCAGAAGAAAUUGCAAAGCUCGUGACACAGAAGGAAACGAACUUCGAAGAUUAGUUUACGUCUUCAUAGAGAAGAGACCUUGAUAUGAGUAUCACAAGAAGGCUGGAGCAGAGAACACAUUGGGAAAAGCUUCAAAUUCAACACAUAAUGUCUGCGUUUUUAAGAAAUGCUCUAUUCAUUCUUAAUCUUGGUUGUUAUCACUUCGUCAACAAUAGCAAAGCCCUCAGUGAAGCAAUAGUUUUCUUUUUAUGUCUUAAUAAGAUUUGCAAAAAACGGAUUUGACUGGGAGAGUUUUCUUUGCGUUUUGGGUUGUUCUUUGUCUUUAUCCUUUCCUUAAAGAUCUUAUGAGAAGACAGAACAGAACACCCACCAUUGUUAUUCACUGGUCUAUCAUUGCUUGCUUCUGUGUUUUUUCUUGUUUUGGUUCGAAUCAAUCCUUUCCUAUCUAGGACUGAUACGACCUCCUUUCCCCAGAACUGCCUUUUGAUCGAUUGCUAAGAGAUGACUUUAUGUAUGUUAGGUUUUGUAAUAUUCUUGUUGUACAAGUUAGGUUUUGGGGUCUCUGUUACUACAGCAUGUUAAACUAAUCUUCACCUUCUUAAAUACAUAUAAAUACAUUUUUUUUAUUUCUCAUCAAAAAAAUGCAAAUUAUUAAUGCAAACAAACAUUUACAAGAAAAUGAUUAAAAUAUGAAAUCAUUUGGUUUCAUUUGAAAGAAACACACACUGUUGUAACAUGUAAAGUUGUAAACAUAAAAUAUAGUUAUGUUGUUUUAUUGAGUGGAAUUAUUUUUGUGGUGGAAUCUCUCUCAUACCAAAAAAACGAAACCAAAAAAAAAAACUAAAGAAAAGAGCAAUACAAAUCAUAU